CCCAGUUUGGAAGAUCAACUUUUAACUGCUGCAUUUUAUUCCCCGCCCUGCGUUCAAAAACCGUCCAAAAAGAUUCGAUUUUUGUUUUGUUUAUUUGCUUUUCUCUUCUUUUUCAUUGUUUAUGAUGUCUACGAGAGUAGCCGAUUAUUUUUUUGUGGCAGGACUCCAUGAUAGCCAUAUUAUACCCACAUUUGAUUCGGCCAAGAAACACCAAAGGAUUGCAGAUAGUGACGUAUCUUAUUACCAACAGCAAGAGGCUGCUGUCGCGGGUCAGCACAAGCAAGUGGAGGAAGAGUUACCACCACAGCCACAGCUACAGACACAGCCACCAGAAACAACGAUCGAUGCCAGCCGAAGACGUGGACAAAGUUUAAGUGUGAUACCAACCGAGUCAUCCCUUCGAUCGACGUUUCCUGAAGUAGCCACGUCAGCCUCUUUGCUCGGUGUGUUAGACCAUGUCCAAAGUGUCAUUGACAAUUUCGACAAGGAAAGAGACACAGCCAGAGAUAACGUCAUUGCGGUUCACGAACCAACGGGACGUCGUCACACGGAGAAAUACAAAGGAACCGAGACAAUACCAAACAAUAGAACCACUUCCUACCCAACAGAAGCCACCAGACGUUUGUCUGUUCGAGAAGUCAGUGCAAGAAAAUGGAGAAGCCCAUCUGAUCCUAAAAUCUCUGAAGGGAUGAAAAAAUCACUCUCGACAAAGCGGAUCAAGUCAACAGAAAGUGUACCCAGUAUCCCUUUGCAACCAGAGAUUGUACCCAAUAUUUUUGAUAUUCGGUAUACGCCAACUAUUUUAAUGCGUUAUCCCAAAAUAAAUUAUUCGCCUCAAGAACCUUUUCCGGCUUAUGCAGCCAUGUUUUGUUUUCCAAGAGAUAUAUCAUUGCAUCAUGGCGAAUCACCUCCACCAGAACAGCUGCAUUCAUUUGCAAUGACAGAUGAAAAUGGAGCGACAGUAUACGGAACAUGCGUGGUGUUUUACGAAAGAUUGGCAGAUAGAUUAAAGGAGCCUGUUGAAAAGGCAAUUAAAGAAUGGGUGAAAUCGAAUAUGCCAGUGAGUUCGGUUGAAUAUGCCCAACACCUAGAAAUCAAGAUCAACAAUGAAAAGAUGGAAUUAGAAAAGGCUCAAAAGAACGAUGAAAAUAUGUCAAGGAUUGGAGUAGAAGAGCGUAUAAGAACAUGUCAAGAGAACAUAGAACUAUAUAAAGAGCUAUUAGAGCCCGUCAAGAUGGGAGUAUGUAAAGCAGAGGAUAUCUGGGUACCCAAGAGUAUUGGAUUAUUAGGUAGAAUGCCUUGGAUUAAUCUGUAUGGUGAUUGGAUCAGAAUUUUGUUGGAUAAUAUAGUUGGUGUGGGGGGUCAUCGCAAUGCAAAGCCAACAAUUGAUAUAGAAAGUACAGUGAUCAACCUUAUUGAAGAGGUACCUUUACCACCUCCUGGUAGAUUUGAAAUUGGUUUAACAAUUAACCGAAAGCCUUUAUUCUUUUCUCGACCUCCUAUUAAUCAAGUGCCUAUUCUUAAAAAUUUCUCUUUAUAUCCUGUAUUUCGUGCCCUAUCACCUCAUCUGAUUCUUGCUGUGCUAGAAACUCUUUUGGCCGAAGGUAAGGUAGUAUUCCUUUCAAAAUAUACAGGGAUGCUUUCACUUGCAUGCGAAUCAUUUCGCUACUUGUUAUUCCCAUUCUAUUGGCAAUUUGUCUUUAUUCCCGUUCUACCUGAAAGAUUAUUGACAUGUCUACAAGCUCCUGUUCCAUACAUUAUUGGCUUUCCAGGAAAUAUGACGGAUUUAGAAGAUCAUGCACCGGAUGAUGUAUGUAUUGUGAAUUUGGAUAGUAAUUCAAUGCAUCAAAGCCAAAGGUCGAUGCCGAUUCCCGACCGACAAAGGCGCAAACUUCAAUCAGCUCUUGAACAAUAUGCCCCAUUGCAUACCAAAUCAAAAAUCCCUUACGGUGUACCGCUUCCUGUCCAAUGUACAUUUCCCAAAGGCAAGAUGAUUCUAAACUGUAGUCGGUCUAAAACAACAGAUGUCUUUAUCAGUCCAGCUCAGCGUAAUUCAGAGAGCUCGGAUGCGACUUCAAUCUGGUCUCAUUCUGCAUCCCUGGUGUCACGGCCUUCAGGCUUCUGGUCCAGUAAUGCAAGUACGAGAAGUUCGAACGAAUCAAGUACGUCGGCCAGUGCAUCAACACCAGCAGCAUCAGCAUUAUCAUCAGCCGCAGCCGCAGCAGCCUCAUCGGCUGAUGGAUCUCAUAAUAUACCACAGUUUCCUGGCUCUGCGUUGCUAUCAACAAGUGCGGGCAAUUAUGCUUCUUCUUCUAGUACAUCACUGCAUAGUCCUCCUAUGAGUCCAAUUAGGACCACUGCCAGUAUACAGUCAAUUAAGUCUUCACUUUCUAACUCGUCUCCUAAGCAGCAGCAACGUGUAUCACUUCCUACUCCUAUUGUGAAUGCAUCCAACCCAACCAACAGUCCUACCUUGGAUCAUCAAAACUCUUAUCGAAAAGCAACUAGCAGAAGAUCAGAUCCCUCUCCCAAGCCUGAAGAUAACACACGGACCAAGAUUUCAAGCUUCAUGUCAAAACCACGAGCUACAUUUCAUCAAGAACAACAAAUAGACAAUAAUAGUAAUAGCAUGGUGGGAUCCCCCCGUAUUUCAAUCUCCUCGCCUCGUUUUACCAGCACCACGAAUUUCGAUCACGGUUAUCAUAAUGAAGUCCCUCGUCGUGUUAAACAUAUUGAGGGCCAUAUCAUGGCUGAAAUAUUUACAUCCGAACUUGGACGAUUUCAAGGAUAUAGGUGUGUAUGUGGCAGACAAGUCUCAGAAGAUGAUGAAAGUAACAGUAAAAAGCCUAGAAUGUUCAUGUGUUGCCAAGAAUGUCACUUGGUAACUCAUGACACCUGUACAGAUCAAAUAUUGCAUCCAUGUUUACCUGCUUGUUUUAAUGAGCAAAAAGUGUUGGAUUCAUUCAUCCGAAUGUUUGCCUCACUCUUGUAUAAUUAUAGAACUGGAUUUGUAGAUAAUAUGGAGGAUAAGUCCAGUCCUACCAUUUCUGCCAACGACACAAACACUAGAGGCAAUUGUUUAUACUUUUCUAAGGACAAAUUUUUAAAGCAUUCUGACAAGGAUACUAGAGAUUUUUUGUCUAGUUUAGGUAAUUCACAAAUGUUUACACAAUUUAUUACGGAUCGACUCUUGAAAUCUAGUCAAGAACCCGAAAUCCUGGUAUUUGAUGAAUAUAUCAAAUUGAAAUUGAAUCGAUCCAAAUUGAAGUUUGUCAAGGAAGAUACACGAUUUUUGAAUGAUGAAUCAUAUAGAGUUUCGCAGAUUAUUUGGGCCACACCUCCACCCGAUAAUGUUAUUAUUAGUCAAGGAGAAUGUAAACGAUUCCCCACAAACCUUCAAUUUUAUAGCAAGUAAUUCUUGGGUUCUUUUUAUUUGCAUCCCUGAAACGCCACACAAACAUAUACACACGCACGUUCCUUCUCUUUUUUUUUUUACAAGCAAAUACACCCAAACACGCGUACGCACGCACACACCACGCACACUCUCGCAAACGAUAUAUUGUAUAAACAUUUUCAUAUAACCUUUUAUUCUACACACUUACUAAUAUUUAUUCCCCCCACCCCUUGAACAUUUCUAUUAAAAAAAAAGGUAAUAUUCACACAACA